AUGUCCGAUCUCGGUGUCUGGACAACCUCACACAAUAUGGAACUAAUUGUUGACCUGUUUAUCUCGAGACAGGAGGAGCAUUGUAUGGAGGUGACAGAGAAGGCAACAGCGGAUGCGAGAGAGGAAUAUGGCUUACCGAACAGCGAUGACUACAAGAUAGCAAAGAAGAAGUUACCAAAGGAAAUGGAAAAGCGGCCACUGGCACGGCCGCAAACAGUCACCAGUACAGGGCGGCCCAAUGUUGCCACCAUCACAUCAAGCCCUGAGUCGCACGACCCGAGUGCACCAGUUGAUUUCACGGAUUUCUCCGUGGAUUUAAGGACCCUUGAUACCAACCAGUUCAAUUUAUGGGUCAGGCGGGCUGGCAGCAAGCCAGUGGAAUGCAAGUGGAAUGUUGCUGGGCCAGUAGAUUGCGAUGAGGCACUGUUUGAAUUCAAAGCCAAAGCCUGUAACGAAACAACAAACAAGAACUAUGGCAUCAACCAUGCAUCGAGCUUCAAGCUUCAAGGCUCAUCGUCGCAACCCUUUGAGGCAGUAAUCUGCACCACGGAAUGUGUCUCCGUCGACUACUUCCCAACCUCCAGCUCUUCGGCCUGCAUAUUGGACGCAACAGCAUUCCAUCGACUACCCCUCCUUAAUCCCAAUUAUUACCGCAAUAACAUGACAACAUCCUCGUCCUUCCGAGUCAUCCACUGCAAUGUGGAAUCCCUCAGGUCAGGCCAUCUCGAUCAUGCGUGGGUCUUCAUCGCUUUGAUGGUGGGACAAGGGGAAGGCUUUUGCGGGAUCAGGUGUCGGUCAGCCUUGGUGCAAAGGGAGGUGACGAAAUGGCGAUGGAAGGUGAAUGGUGUAAUGGAAAAUAACAAGCAGAUGGGUGGGGCUGUGUGGUGUAUGAGCAAACACUACCUACGCGAACAUCCAUUCCAUGCUACGUACCUCCCUUUCCACCUCCCGCCCAUCAGAGCCAAAACGAUUGAAAAAUUAAGUUUAAAUUGCUUCUCCCUUCUAACCUAUGCUAACGCCGAAAUUGGAGUAGGUUCAGCAUCGAUACAUGGACUACUAUGGCGGAUCCAGAAAUCCGCGAGGGGUACACACAAUGCCCAUGUGAGGUUUGCGAUGCCCAUGGUUCGAAUGGUGCACCUGCCGCAGCGUUCGCGCACACACUGUGGUGAUCUCCUUUCCAGUCUGUUUAGGAUCAUAGCCACACGAAUGUCUAGCACUCUACUUCAUCCCAACUCCAACAUCGUGAACAUGAACAUACUGGUCACAUCAUUGAUACUUGCUCUGCUCGUCCUGAUACCGAUCUCCCUAGGGUAUUUCUUCAACACUUCCCGGAUCCGUCCUUUCCUCUGGAUACCAGCCGAAUGUACAUCCUUGUUGGGCAUCUUCUUCCUCCUAAAACCGACCUCAGGUCCUUACUACGAAUUGCCAUACAUCGGCAAAAUACCGUUCAUCUUCACUUUUUUCCUCAUCGCAGACAUAUAUUACAAGCUCCUCGUGUUUGCAGGGGGUGGGUGUCAAACCAAAGAGGGCCCAAUGGCACAAAUGUUGGCGAAGUUUAUCUUCGUCUACGGACAGAAGCUUGGUGUUUAUAUCAAGGAUCUUGCGUGGCUUGUGCUGCGCCUUGAACAUACCUUGCUUGUCUGUGUUGGAGAUCUUGGACAUAGCGUUUUGUGUUUUGGAUUGGAGCUUGAGGAUGAUGGAGAUUUGGAGUCGCAGACGCGUGCUAAUUAUCCCCACCGUCGUAUGACUCCAUUGUCAUCUACAGGAGGACAGAUAACAAGACCCUUAAUUUCAUCCGAAAUUGGGGGUGGUGCUGAUACGUCCUUUAUGAGAAACAUGUUCGAAAGUCCGGUUAGGUCCGGUUAUUGGGUGCCCAGGGGCUCUAACCGAGACCGAGACUGGUUAGCCUUUGUCCCGAAACCUAAAAUAACCUAA